UAGUACGGCGGCCGCUGCCAGUCCCGACGGGAGUGCUACUUGACCACUCUCACUUCACUGCAGGCUUUCGUUACUUAUUACUGAUUACUGAGCUCAUCGAAGCGGGAAGUAAUACUAAUCAAUCGAUCGAAGGACCUAAUCAAUCAAUCGGUCGAAAGACGUAAUCAAUCAUCAAUCAAUCAAUCAAUCAAUCGAGGGAAGUAAUCAAUCAGGUAGCGAGUGUGCUUUUGGUCUGUCAACUGAGGAGAAGCUAGGAUUGGGUGACGAGGAAGAGGUUGGGGAUUGGGGAAGGGGGGGGAGGGGGAAGGGGAGGGGGAGGGGGACGAUAGGAUAUUUCGUGCUGUAGUGCAAUCCCGCAAAAGAAAUGGCUGACGACCUGACCUUACAGGAGGAGGAAUAUGAAGUCUUGCAGUCGAUCUACGGUGAGGAUUGCAAGAUCGUCAAGGAAGAGCACGUUUGUGAAGUGCGGUUAGGGUUGCCACCAGCAGCAGCAGGAGGAGGAGGAGGAGGAGGAGGAGGAGGUGGUGGGGAAGUGGGUAACAAAACGGGUAGUCUGGUUGUGCGUAUGCAUUUGCCGGCAUCCUACCCAUCCCGAUCGGCGCCGAUUGCAGAAAUAGAGGCCACGUGGCUGAAAGAAAAGACGCGGGAACGGAUUUCACAUGGACUAGAUGAGCUGUACCGCGCGUCACGUGGCGAGGUCAUCAUGUUUGCAUGGGUGGAAUGGAUGAAGGAGCAGGAGUGGAUUUGGGAGGAUGCAGGGGAGAGUGUAGGAGGUCUGAGAAUGGAGAGUAUAUGGCCGCAAGCUUCUAGUAGACGGCAAAUGAGGGAGGAUAACGAUGAGGGCAAGGAUGAAGAAAACGGCAAUCACGAAGACGAAGAAGAAGUGGAUAUGGCGUCUUUGACGAUCGGCGACCGCCAUCGACGAUGGGAGAAUGGGGAGAGUUUUGCGAGUGGAGGCGGAUGGAGAGAGGAUCAUCAUCCUUCUCCUCAAGCAUGGAACAAGGAGCAUUGCAAGCCAGGAGGAGGUAGAGGAACAGGAAGAAGAGCAGUAGCAGCAGCAGCAGGAACAGGAGGAGGAGCAGUUAGACCUGCUUCCGGUGCAAAACCACCUACCACUCCCAGUACUCCCAAUUCUGCUCAUGCUAAUGGGAGGGAGGUUAUGAGCGAAGGGGUGAGUCUCGAAGAGCUCGACAAAGUUCUUGGUAUUGUUCACGGGCGCGCGUUCACAGAGAAGAAGAGUACCUUUCAGGGUCAUAUAGCCCCUGUGCAUUCCGUGGAUGACGUGGAGAUGGUAAUGGAGGCGUUGUUGAGGAACAGAAAAAUAGCGGGAGCUACUCAUAAUAUAAUGGCCUAUAGGAUAUCCGUUCCGGAUAAGACAGCUGGCAUGAUCCAGGAUUUCGACGAUGAUGGGGAGAGCGCGGCGGGGGGGAGGUUGCUGCACCUGAUGCAGAUCGUAAAUGCAACGAAUGUGGUCGUCAUCGUGAGUCGAUGGUUUGGCGGCAUCUUGCUAGGUCCCGACCGAUUCAAGCAUAUCAACAACGCGGCGCGCUCUGUCUUGGACUCGUGUGGGUAUAUUUCCAAGGGGCCUAAGGGGGGUCAUCGUCAUGCGGCAAGCGGCGGGUCGGGAUCGGGAUCGGGAUCGUCAUCAUCGCAUGCAUCCAAGGAUCGAAAAGAUCGGACGGCCUCCACAGCGACUGUAUAUCCUGUCUUUUCUACUCCUCCCACUCCUCCUCCCCCUGCGCGUGGUGGAAAUAAGCCCAGGAGAAGAUAACCACCCCACCCCCCUCCUUCCUCUUCUCUCUCCCCAUCACAUUCCUCCUCUCCGCCUCUCCUCCUCUCCUCCUCUCCUCCUCUCCUCCUCUCCUCCUCUCCUCCCCUCCCCUCGCUGCCGAGGAGGACGGAAGAGAAAACAAAGGGGAUCGAGAAGC